AUGGCACGUACAAAACAGACCGCCCGUAAAUCCACUGGAGGAAAGGCCCCAAGGAAACAGUUGGCCACCAAAGCUGCACGUAAAAGUGCCCCCUCAACUGGAGGAGUGAAGAAGCCCCAUCGUUACAGGCCAGGAACAGUUGCACUCAGGGAAAUCCGUCGUUAUCAAAAGUCCACUGAAUUGUUGAUCAGGAAGUUGCCAUUCCAGAGACUUGUUAGAGAGAUUGCACAGGACUUCAAGACUGAUCUUCGUUUCCAAAGUGCAGCCAUUGGUGCUCUACAGGAGGCUAGUGAAGCAUAUUUGGUUGGACUUUUUGAAGACACUAACUUGUGCGCAAUCCACGCCAAGCGUGUAACAAUCAUGCCCAAGGAUAUCCAGUUGGCAAGAAGAAUCAGAGGAGAGCGUGCA